ACGCUUUUACUCUUUUCGUUCUACGUGUUCACGCUUCAAAUACCAAGUAUUUUCUUGACUUCACCCUAAGCCCUUAAUUAAUUUCAGAAAGUUUAUUUAAUGAAAGCCCUUUUCUCCCAAAUUUAACAAAGUUGUAUACUCACACAUCUUUGUACCACAUAUCUCACUGACAUUAAAAACUCUCCCCCACCCGGAAAGAAAACACAACUACAAACAACAAAACAAAGUUUGGUUUGAAAACAAAUAAAUUAGGUAGAAAUUAAGUUAGCUUGUGGAAGGAGCCAUGCAGCGUUUGCCCACCAAAGUGUGCAAAAUAAUGGGUCGUUCAGCAUGCGACGUGUUCAUAAACCACCGUGGGAUUGACACGAAGAGAAACGUUGCGGGUUUGUUGUACGAUAAUCUUACGAGAAUGAGAGUGAGGUCGUUUUUGGACAGCAUGAACAUGAAACCCGGGGACAGGCUCUUCGACCACAUUGACAAGGCCAUCCUCAGUUGCAAGGUUGGUGUUGCUGUCUUCUCUCCUCGUUACUGUGACUCCUAUUUCUGUCUCCACGAACUCGCUCUUCUCAUGGAGUCCAACAAAAGGGUCGUUCCUAUCUUCUUUGACGUCAAACCGUCGCAGCUAAUGGUCAAGGACAACGGAACCUGCCCUCCUGAGGAGCUCAAAAGGUUCACUUUCGCACUCCAGGAAGCUAAAAACACCGUCGGAUUGACCUUCGAUUCUUCCGAUGGGGACUGGUCGAAGCUGCUGAAGAAUGCUUCAGAUGCGGUGAUCGUGAACUUGCUUGAGGUAGAGGAAGAAAGGAAGUACGCGAGGAAGAAACGUUGAAUGCUUCAAUGUUCAUAUCGUUGGGUAUAGAAUUCGUUUAUUUUUUCCGUAUAUAAUAUGGGAUCUUAAUUAGGAAAGAGACCGUAUGCAUUCCUUUGACUUCAUUCACUCUGGCCUGAAUUCGCUUAAUAAUUGGUUUAGGCUUUCAAUUCAUUUGUAUUACAAAAUUCUUUGAUUCCUUUCCUCUUUUUUUUUUUCUCCUUCUAGUUUUGUAGUCCUUUGCCUAAUUAAUUGUAUAAUUUGUAGAUCUUUGUAAUCCAUUUUACGCUGUAUCUUUUGUAUUCCAUCCCAUAAUUCGGGAUUUAUAUAGGACAUUGUAA